AUGCCAACCAGUCCAUCCAGAUGGCAUGCCAGAACCUGGUGGACCCAGCCUGCACCCAGUCCCAGGUCCUCUCUGCCGCCACCAUCGUCGCCAAGCACACGUCAGCGCUGUGCAAGCGCCUGUCGCCUGGCCUCCUCCAAAACAGCCAACCCUGUUGCCAAGCGACAGUUUGUCCAGUCUGCUAAGGAGGUGGCCAACAGCACAGCCAAUCUGGUCAAGUCCAUCAAAGCUCUGGAUGGAGCGUUUAACCAGCAGAACAGAGAGAAGUGUAGGGUCGCCACAGGGCCCCUGAUAGAAGCUGUGGAUAACCUCACCGCCUUCGCCUCCAACCCAGAAUUCGCCAGCGUGCCCGCUCAGAUCAGCGCUGAGGGCCUGGCAGCGAUGGAGCCCAUCGUGGCUGCAGCUAAGACCAUGCUGGAGAGCUCCACAGGUCUGAUCCAGACCGUCGCCUCCCUGGCCGUCAACCCCAAAGACCCCCAAGUGGUCAGUGUUGGCCGGACACUCCAGGACCGUUUCCGACUCCAUCAAGAAACUUAUCACCAACAUGAGAUGGUGAGCUAUUUCGAGCCCCUCAUCAUGGCAGCCAUCGGCACGGCCAGUAAGAUUCAGAGCAGCCAACAGCAGAUGGCGUGUGUUGGACCAGACCAAGAUCGCUGA